AUGCGUGUGCGCUUGACUCUCGCCGUCGCGAUGGCCUCGUCCGUCACAGCUCUCGUGAAACCGCUCGCGACCCGCGCCGCGGUCCUCGCACAAGUCCCCAAGCUUGUGGAUUUGGCAGCAGCAUGUGGCUGGGAUUUCUACGGACCGGACGAGUGGACGUUCCUCGCCGACGCCGCGUGCGAUUCGGGCUGGGUCGUCGAGGGCGACGACGGCAAGUUACUCGGCUGCCUUUUCCGAGCGGACUACGAGCGAGCGAACGGCCUCGGAAUGAUGCUCGUGAGUCCGGCGGCGCGCGGCCAGGGCCUCGGCAAGAAGCUAAUGAACGCGGGUCUCGGGGCGGUGCCGGCCGACCGCAAGGCGUGUCCCGUCAUCCUCGGGGUCGCGACCGACAUGGGCCGCCCCAUGUACGAGAAGAUGGGCUACGGCGUCACGAAUCAGAUCACGUCCUUACGCGUCGCCGAUGCGAGCAAACUCAAGGGGACUAUGAGCGCCGACGUCGAAGUCGAUGGCUGCUGCGCCAGCGUCGACGCGAUCGCCGCGAUCGACCAGACGGCUACGGGGUUGGACCGGAAACGGGCCUUGCAGACGCUCCUGGAUAAAGAUGGCGCCCUCUCCGCGAUUGCGCGCGACAAGGCGUCGGGCGAAGUAGUUGGCGCCGCGAUCUCUAUUGUCGGGCGCGACGGCGGUCGCGUCAUUGGCCCCCUGCUCGGCUCUCACGAGGCAGCUCUGCCGCUCGUCCACGCGGUCGCACCGGAGGGAACCGCCACGCUGAAGGCCAUCGGGGCGCCGGCCGACAUCCUCGUGGAAACGCUCACGUCGGCCGGCUUCGAAGUCGCAGUGGAGUGUCCUUCGGCGGCCACCCGCUGCCCGGAAAACGCGAGCUCUACCUCGCGCUCAUGCACCCGACGCUCG